AACCACGUGUUUAACAAAAACAAAAGUUUGCUUUCAUUUUUUGUAAUAUGGCAAUUUUACACGAACGAAGGACGUAUACACAGUUUACUACAGCCAGACUAUAGGAGCACGGCGCAUGCGUGAGAUAACGCUAAAAUUCCAAACCGGAAAGCGAGUGAUUCCCGAGUGAUUCAUCUCAAACACACACGAUCUUCGUUGCAACUCCAGCAGGCAACUCUGAGGCUCAAAACAAGAUACCUUCCUCUGGAGCUGGGCACACAGGAGGGAAGGGGAGAGCUUCACCCUGUUCUCCUGGCCGGCCCUCAGGAAAGCGGCUAGCCAUGGAUGACAACUCCUCACUGGGCAAAGUCAGCAGCUCCACUGAGUCCGUGGCCACCGUCACUAGUGAGGAGUUUGUUCUGGUGCAGUCCAGCUCUGCAGGCUCGCCGCAGGGCUCUGAGGGAAAACCGAGACUCAAGAUGUCUUGGAAUGGGAGUGAACAGCUGGAAAAAGCUAUGGAGGAGGUGUUGGAUGAUGAUGAUGAAGUGAAGGUGGAGAAGAGCAAUGUGGAAAAGAUGGAGAAGCAGAAGGAGCCAGAGAGCCGAGUCCUACAGACCCAGCCUGCAGGUACACAUUCAGAAGCAUGUCCACCACCACAAAGCCCAACGGUCCUGGAGGAGGACAGUGUGCAGUUCAACAAGCUGUCCUACCUGGGUUGCACCUGGGUCAAAGCCCCUCGUAAUGAGGCGGAGGCACAGAGGGCCAUGGCCACCCUGCGAGCUGAAAGCGCCAUCCCCAUCCCCAUCACGCUGCACGUCCCCUGUGGUCCUGAGGGCUCUGUCAGGGUUGUGGACCAGGCUACAGGCAUAGAGAUCGCCUCCUUCCCGAUCUACAAGGUGCUGUUCUGUGCUCGAGGUCAAGAGGGCUCGGUGGAAAGUGACUGUUUUUCCUUCACCGAGAGUUACCGGAGCUCGGAGGACUUCCAGAUCCAUGUUUUCUCCUGCCACAUCAAGGAGGCUGUCAGUCGUAUCUUGUACAGCUUCUCUACGGCCUUUCGGCGUUCUUCACGACCAGCAGACAUCAGAGACACGACGCUGUCCAGUCCACCUGACGGCGAUCUCUAUACCUUCACUGUUACACUGGAGAUCAAAGAGGAUGAUGGCAAAGGCAACUACAACCCCGUGCCCAAGGACAGAGAAAAGUUCUACUUCAAGCUGAGACAGUCCGUCCAGAAGAAGGUCGUGGUUUCAGUCCAACAGAUGUGUAACAAGGAGCUGGGCAUCGAGAGGUGUUUUGGGAUGCUGCUGAGUCCAGGACAGAAGGUCUGCAACAGUGACAUGCAUCUACUAGAGAUGGAGUCGAUGGGGAAGAGCUCUGACGGGAAGGCCUACAUCAUCACAGGAACUUGGAACCCCAACAUGGCGGCCUUUCAACCACUGAAUGAAGACACGCCUAAAGGUUAUUAUUACUCCUUUUCUUUCUUUCUCCUUCUAGCUUGAUGUGACCUGUUUUGGUUUGUACCACUUUCAUAGAGGAUAAAGUUUCAACACUGAUCCGAGAUACCAAAGCCAAAAACGGGGCUGCGUUUGCAUUCUUGCCUUGAAAACCUCAAACAGCAUAACAGCCCAAAUAAAUAAAAUGCAACAGGAUUUAUUUCCAUACAUU